UGUACAUCGAAUGCGGUUAACACCCGAUCGUGCAGAUCGAAACGACUGAGUGGAUCGGCGCAUGACUACUUGUCUGAAUUGAUUCAGAGUCCUUUCAAUGUACCUGAACUUCUGAGAGCUCAAUCCGAAAAGAUGUUGAAUUGUUCAGAAGAAGGCGAUUUCAAGCAGGAGAUGCUUCGAAGUAUUUUAGACAACAGUGAGUUGUGUAAUUGCCAACGACAACUUCAGAAGGCAAUCGAAGAGAAGCAAGAAUUACAAGUGCUCGUUGAGACGUUGCGAUCCGAAUUGAAAAAGAUUCAGCUUCAGAUCAGCAGUUUUCAGCAGUCGAAACACUAUUUCGACAUCAGCAAACAAACAAAUAACGAAUGCCUAUUGUAA